AUGAAGAUUAUUGCAACCGUAAGAGCCUCUGAGUUUUUAUCAAGGACUUACAACAUUGACUGUGGUAAAGGAAACUAGUUUGUACAUUGGAUUGCUACUACUGCAUGUAUGCUAUUUGGCUAGGAACAUUAUCCUCCUGGAAUAUAUAUUCCCUCAUUGAUGACUAAAGAGGAUACUUCAAUCUUUUUAAAUCCAAGCAAGCAAUCGUAUUUGCAAGAUGGAGAUCAAGUUUUUGUUCAUUUAAAGGAUAGAAGCAAACCAUUUACUGAAGAUGAGAAAGAAUGGUACGAAAAAGCAUUUACUAAGAAAAGAAAUAUGAUGAGUUAUGGAAUACGUUUCGGUCCUUUCUCAGAGGCCAACAAGCAAGAUAACUACGAAUUCUUCGCUAAGUUGUCCUACAGAAUGUUCCCAGAGAUGGAAGAUGAAUUCAAGCCUUCUGACUUCCCUGAGGAGUAUGAAGUGAAAUUAGAAAUCGAGGAAGACGACAAUGACCAAUGGAUUUACAAGUAUGAUGUUGAUCUACCAUAUGGAGAAAUCAAAUGCCAGUUCCUUUACAGACCUAAGCCUAAGAUAUAGAAUCCACCACAGCAAUAAACUUUAGCUGAAAAAGAAGAGGAAGAAAAGAAAACACCACUUCCUGAGAAAUCAAUGACUUUCUUCAGAUAGUUUAUAGAUCCUGAGCCAAUUUCAGCAGAAUCUUAAAGAAUGUUAGACUAAUAAGAGGAAGAAGAAAAUAAGAAAAUAGAGCAUGAGACUAGAAUGAGACAAAAAGCAUUAGAAGAAAAGAAAGCUAGAGAAAAGUAUGAGCAAUAGCAAUAAAUUGCUAAUUCUUUGCAUCCCUAAAUAUUCAGGAAGAGAGAGAAUGAUAUGAUGACUUUACAAGGAUUCCUGCACUUCUUGAAGGUGAUGGGAUUGGCUUAAAACAGACAAGAUUUCAUGAGACUUUGUGAAUGUCUUCAUGAAGUUAUAUAACUCCCAAUUUAGGACACUCUCAACGUAAAGAAUGGGUUGAACUAUGCUUAAUUCUUAGAAGCAAUAAUCAGAAUCGCCUACUAUAAAUUAGAUGAGAGCGAGUAUGCUAACUCUGAGAGCGGCUAUAAAAACAUCCUAGAUUAGAUCUUUAGCGAUGGAAACAUUGAAUUAAAGAGAAGAAUGAUGGAAGAUAGAAUGUUGAGCGAACUUUACUCUCAAGAUAACUGCAAGGUGUUCUAUGAGCACUUCUCCCUGCUUGCUGCGAUUUUCACCUCCAAGGGGAUGCUUCACUUAGAGACAUUCUUGGAACUGCAAAAAGAAGAAUUUAUUCACAUCCUUAUUGAAUGUGGCAUUCUUGUAGAGGGCAAGGAUCAUGAUGAUAAAGGGGGAGAGCUAAAGAGGAAAUUUGACGGGUAGAGUAUAAUGAUGAGCAUCUCUAAUGUAGGCUCUUUCGAUCACAACUCUUUAACCUAUGUUGACUUCUUAGACGGCUUAGUGAGAGUAGCCUCAAUCUAUCCAUUCCCAGAGGCUGAGAAAUAAAACUACCAUGCAAUGGAUCAAAAGUUAGAGUUCUUGAUAGGGAAACUAAACGAGAAGUACGCCAACCUCAUUCCAGGAUUCAUCGAUCAACUUCAGAAGAAAGAGGCUGAGAUGAACUAUGCUCCAUAUAAUGUAGUCGAUGAUGAUGCUGAUGACGAAGACGAUCAAGAUAACUGA